GACAGCGAAGUCUCAGGAUAUAUAACUCCAUUCCGAAGGAUAAAGAUCAAGAUACGAAUCAUGAUUUCAAAGGUCAUCAUCAUCGUUGUGCUGGGAUGUGCCACGGUUCUUUCAGCCCUUCACUUAGGCCCCACGACCCUGCAACCUGCUACGACGACUAUGAUUCCUGAAGGAGGAAAAGCAGAGGAUUUAGCACCUCCUGCGACGACCAUAAUUCCUGAAGGAGGAGGAGAUGAAGACUUUUCGACUCAGACGGAGCCCCCUUUCGACGUGUAUGACUACGAGGUCGUCCUCGGGAGUAAUGUCACAGAUACUGAAGGUGAUACUGAUCCUACAAAAACCGAGGCUGUCGUCUUUAGACCACCACCAUUUUGGUGUGACUACGAUUUUUACCCUUUUUGUGACCCAAUAUUCAUCGCCUAAAUACUCUUUGGUAUUAUCACUCAAAUCCCCAGAACACUUUCGUGUAGGUCCAUCAAGUGUUUAAAGGAGGCGGAAGAUGAGAAAGUGCAAAUAUGUUCCUCUGGCCGUGAUUUUGCCUACAAGCUUUAGACAUUUAUUGAUGGAAUGGAGACUCCUCACUGUACAUGCAUUCUGGAUGGUGCAUCUAGGAACUUCAAAACCCGGCUGACUUUUAUCUGAAACUCCUCCCUAUUCACUUUAGUUCCCCGAUUUCAGAUAUGAAGGAAAAUCGUGUAACAUGCAAAAAAGAUGGUGUCAGAUUUAUAAACAUUUGUUCUUCUCUUGUUUAUUUCAUGUUGAUAUGUAUAUAUCGAAGGCUGUAUAUAAAUGGUAAUAAACAUUAUAAUAAUAUCAUUAAAA